ACUGCCCCUCUCUCUCUCUCACUCUCUCUCUCUCGCUUUCUCCCUCCCUCUCCCUGUCUUUCCUACCGGCAGAUUCACUGAAAGGGACGUGGAUUGCAAAGCAGUGAAUGCAUGCUGCCUCGUUCUUUUGUUCCUGACUUGAUAGCUGAAUGAAGCUCAGGGUGUCAAGAGUUGGCUGUUUUUCCUCGCUCUCUCUCUCUGUCAGACACAUAAGGUUUUUUUUUUCCUGAAUGGGGAUUUCUUUGCAAACGGGACUACCUGCUGCCUUGAGCAUUUUUGCCAUGAUUAAGGAGAGCGGAGUGGAGAAACAAGGGUGCCUGCAGCUCAAAUUGCUCUGUUCCCAGUAAUGUUUCCACUUUGGAUAAACUUAGUGUGUUGUGAGGACAACAGCACAGAGCUGGCAAGAAAUCUGAGGGAGGCACAAUGCUGAUCUGAAAGAGGAGCGCAAGGAAUGAAUAAUCCUGAUCCAUGAACAGAAAAUUGUUUUUUUUUUUUUUAAAGCUGCUGCUUGUUUUGUACUAUCUUGUAUGGAGGAGGAAAAAAAUAAUCUUCUUGGUGGAUAAAAUUGGUAAAUUGCUGUUGCACCUUACAGUACGGUGUGCUAUAACCGGCUAUCGAAAACGGAUCCUGUGAAAAAAAUCUUGUGCUCAUUGUCAGUAGCAAAAAAAAAAAUAAAGAAAAAGAAAAGAAUUCUGUCUCGCUUUCAUUUCUCCAGAUUCUCUGACCUCUUUUCUAAAGACCCAGUGGGGUAGCACUGAGGGAAGGACCGGUGGGGCGACACACACAUACGUACAAAAAAAGCAGAUAUUGCUUCUCAAACCAUAUGGCUUACUGGUUAGGAGACAGAUACACAUCCUUCACCUACUAAUUAGUCUUUUGAUAUUACAAAUAAGAGCACAACAUGGGCUUUCUUUGUAGUGAUUUUUGUGGCGUCGAGGGGACGAGGAAAACAAAGUAAAUCCUGAGGCAGUGUCUGCACUGGAGGAUACAAAAAGCACUGUUUCUCUGGACUGGAGAGAGGGCAAUAUAUCUUCUUUCCCUGAUGCAUCGGCCCCCCACUUACUGGCCUGGAUUUCGAAUUUAGGGAAUAAAAGAAUGUGAAGAUGCACUGUUGUUUGAUAAUAAACUCUUGACAAAUGCUGCAUGAAUACAAGCCCAUUAUUUGAAGACUAGAUUUACUGUGGUAGUAAAAGUUGCUUUGGAAAAGAAGGCUGAGGGAGGGAGGGGGGGGGGACAGAUGCCCUUUGACCCCUGGGAAGCGUUUGUUUCCGAAUCAAUUCCUGUUCAAGAAACAGCAGGAGCUAUCACUGAUAAAGACUUUUUUUGUUUUUUUGGGGUUACUUUUACUUUUUUUCUCUUCUGUAAACGUAUUGCUUUGCGCAGGAUACCUGCCUGAUAAAAACUAGUUCAAUUCAGCUGCCAACUAACUUGCACAUCGUAUGGGUGACUCUUUGUGUGCACAGUAAGACCGAGUCUGGGAACUGGAAGUCACUGCAGGAGUAAACAAUGCAAUUCGUUUUUGGGAGUCUCUUCAGAUCCUCCCCUGGAUAUUAUGACAGAAUAAAAUGUGUUGCCUAGAAACCAGAAGAGGCUUUACGGAUUCUAUGCUUUGAAAAGGAUUGUAUUGUAACCCGGAGGGCUCAAGCUUUGUUUGGGUUUGGGUGUAUUUUUUUUACAAUAAUUUUUCUUCACACGGAGUGUGGAGUCCGGUGGGUGGCAUGAGCAGUUGUCAAUAUCCCACACCCCUUCCUGAUAGGGACGCAAUGUACCAGCAUAAAGUCUCCCUGGUGGUUCGGUACUUCAUGAUUCCCUGUAAUAUCUGCUUGAUUCUGCUCGCGACGUCUACACUGGGGUUUGCCGUUCUCCUCUUCCUCAACAACUAUAAACCAGUUCACUUUACAGCACCCCAGCCAGCAGAUGUGUGUCGAGGGAUGCUGUGUGGGUUCGGAGCGGUCUGUGAGAAGGACGUGGCUGAUCCAUCCAAAGGAGCGUGCGUCUGUAAGAAAGUGUCUUGUCCGUCUGUGGUAGCCCCGGUGUGUGGAUCUGAUUACUCCACCUAUUCCAAUGAGUGCGAGCUGGAAAAAGCACAGUGCAGCACACAGAGGAGGCUCAAGGUGAUCAAGAAGGGACCGUGUGCUACAAAGAACCCUUGUUCCGAAGUGACCUGCAGUUAUGGCAGCACCUGCAUCCAGUCUUCUGACGGCCUGUCUGCCAAGUGUAUGUGCCCGAUCUCCUGUACCAAGCAGCCAGAGAAGGUGGUGUGUGGCAGUGAUGGCAAGGACUACAGGAACGAGUGUGAGAUGAACAAGUUCGCCUGCGACCACCAGAAGAACAUCAACAAGCAGUUUGAUGGCCCGUGUGACCCCUGUAAAGAUAACCAGAACAACCGGGAUGAGGGUUGCCGUGUGAUUCCCAGGAGCCGGCAGAUUGUGAGGUUCCCUUUGCCAGAGAACUGCCCCCCCAUAAAAGAGCCACUGUGUGGCAGCGACGGGACCACCUAUCCAAACGAGUGCAGCAUGCUGCGCACAGCCAGUCAAAAGGGCAUACAGCUUUUCAAAGUCCGUUCUGGCUCCUGCCAGCCUCAGGACAAGUGCAAGGAGGAAUGUAAAUACAACGCUGUAUGCCUUAACCGCAAACCCGCGCCCCGCUGCUCCUGUGAGCCCAUUGAGUGUGACGGCACCUACAAACCCAUCUGCGGUCGAGACAGCAAGACCUACAGCAACGACUGCCAGCGCCAAAAGGCAGAGUGCAUCCAGAAAACCCACAUUCCAGUGAAACACGAGGGGCCUUGCGACCUCAGUGCCCCAAGCCCCUGCCAUAAAAAGACCUGUGAGUUUGGUGCCACCUGCGUGGUGGAGAACGGCAAGCCUGUGUGCGAGUGCUUGAGUGUGUGCCCUCAGGUUCAGGACCUUGUCUGCGGAGAUGACCACCACACCUACAGCAGCCUUUGUGAGAUGAACGCCAUGGGCUGUGCCUCUCUGAAAAAAAUUAAACUCAAGCACAAGGGACCUUGCGAACUCUGCGGCAAGUGCCAGUUCGGGGCUAUCUGUGAGUCUGAGACUGGCAGGUGUGUGUGUCCGACUGAGUGUGUGGCUUCCAACCAGCCUGUGUGUGGCACUGACGGCAACACCUACCAGAACGAGUGUGAGCUGCAUGUGCGAGCUUGUACCCAGCAACAGAGCAUUGAAGUGGCCGGGCAGGGAGAGUGCAAGACCUGCGGUGCAGUAACCUGCGCCUUCGGUGCCCAGUGCAUGAACAAUCGCUGUGUGUGUCCCCGCUGUGAUAAGCAGUCCUUCGCCCCAGUCUGUGGCAGCGACAGCAUCACCUACGACAACCCCUGCGAGAUGCAAGCCGCCUCCUGCCAGCUCAAGAAGAAGAUUGAAGUCUCCCAGUCUGGAAGCUGUGAUGAAGAAUGUGGCUCUGGUGGUUCUGGCUCAGGAGAGGACAGUGUGUGCGAGCAGGAGCGAUGCAAGAGGUUCGGAGGCUCCUGGGAUGAAGACACUGAGGACGACCGCUGUGUCUGCGAUUUCUCCUGUGACAACGUCCCCCGAAACCCGGUCUGCGGAAGUGAUGGAAAGACACACAGCAAUGAGUGUGAGCUGAAGAAGACACGCUGUGAAGAACAAGACGAUGUUCAAGUCAUGAACCAGGGGCCCUGCGAGGCUGUUCCUGCACCUUUAGCCCCCACAGCGGUGAGCCAGCACUGCAGCCAAACAGUUUAUGGUUGUUGCCUUGACAACACGACUGCUGCCGUUGGAGUUGGCCUGGCAGGCUGCCCCAGUACCUGUCUGUGUAAUCCGUAUGGGUCAUAUGGGGGUACCUGUGACCCCAGCUCUGGUCAGUGCUCUUGUAAACCAGGACUGGGUGGACAGAAGUGUGACCGCUGUGAACCAGGAUUCUGGAAUUUCCGGGGAAUCGUCACGGAAAACAAGAGCGGCUGCACCCCCUGUAACUGUGAUGUCACUGGCUCAGUCCGAGACGACUGUGAACAGAUGUCCGGGCUGUGCUCCUGCAAGACAGGGGUGAUUGGCAUGAAAUGCAACCAGUGUCCAGACGGCAGAGAAAUGGGAGUGAACGGCUGCGACAAAGGUCCCUCUGCUGUCGCAUCGUGCACCGGGGUGCAGUGUGAGUUCGGUGCUUCCUGCGUGGAGGUUAAUGGGAAUGCUUUUUGCGAAUGCCCUUCAUCUGACUGUGACGAAAAAAACAAGACCAAGGUCUGUGGUUCUGACGGAGUGACCUAUGGUGACCAGUGCCAGCUGAAGACUAUUGCCUGCCGACAGUCCAUGAAAAUUACCAUUAAACACACGGGGCAGUGCAGAGAAAACAUCCCUCAUGGAUCGAUUGCUGUUCCCACGUCCACCCCCUCCACUCCCACAACCCGUGCCAAACGACCAACCACCACCCUCUCAGAUCCCAUUGAAGAAGAGGAGGAGGAGGAGGAGGAGGACGCUGUCACCGCCUCGCAGGUCCUUGUUGAAGCGCUGCCAGUGUUAACUACCAGCGCUAGCAGGCUGACAACAAGACCUCCCAGCACCACCAAAUCACCCUCCCGCUCCACCAAGCCACCCCUCCCCACCCCCAGAGCCGCACCCACAGCUCGCCCCACCACCAGCUCUCCCACCGUCACCCCCUCCCCAUCAACUCUCUCCUUCGAGGACUCUGGCAGCGGGGAACCCAGUGGGGAACACAGCGGGGACGAUGACCUUGAGGCUAGCGGAGCAGAGCCUAUCGAGCCUACUGUUCGCCCCACGACGACUGCAAGCCCAGCAGAGAGGUCACCCUGCGACAAUACAGCCUUCGGGUGUUGUCCUGACAGCAAGACCGCUGCCACCGACGCAGAGGGAGCCAACUGCCCACCAACCAAGGAGUUCCAUGCAGUCCUCAUCCUGGAGGAAGUGGAAGGUCAGGAAGUGUUCUACACCCCAGAGAUGGCCGACCCCAAGUCAGAGCUGUUUGGAGAAACGGCCAGGAGCAUUGAGAGUGCACUCAACGAGCUGCUAAGAAAGUCUGAUGUGGAGAAAGAUUUCAAGAGCGUCCGUGUCCGAGACCUAGGCCCGAGCGGCUCCAUACGUGCCACAGUGGAAGCCCACUUUGACCCAGCAACCACCUACACUUCCCAGGAUGUGCAGAAGGCCCUCCUCAAACAACUGAAGAUGUCCAAGAAGGCGGCCAUUGCUGUUAAAAAACCAGAAGAGGAGCAUAUCAGAGUCCUGGACUUCGACUGGGUACCAAAUCCAUUUGCCACAACCACCACGACAACAACAGCAGCCACCACUGUCCCCCCCACUACCACCACCAUCACCACCACCACCGCCCGGCUCCCGAGCAGCACACGGAGGAGGCCAGCCACUACAGCACGCACCACCAGACGACCUUCCACGGCCUGGAGAGCCACCACGCCUGCCCCUACCACCACCACCCCAACUCCCACUACCCCCGGCAAGGUGUUCUUUCCUCCCCGUCAGACACCCUGUGAUUCCCAUCCCUGCCGACACGGAGGAACCUGCGAGGAUGACGGCCAGGAUUUCACCUGCAUCUGCCCAGCCGGGAGAGGAGGGUCUGUCUGCGAGAAAGCUAUUAAAUACUACAUUCCUGCUUUUGGUGGCAAGUCUUAUCUGGCCUUCAAGACUAUAAAGGCCUACCACACGGUGCGCAUCUCCAUGGAGUUCCGUGCCUCCGAGCUCAGUGGCCUGCUGCUCUACGACGGACAGAACCGCGGCAAGGACUUCAUCUCACUGGCUCUCAUCAACGGCUUUGUGGAGCUCAGAUUCAACACCGGUUCAGGCACUGGCAUCAUCACCAGCAAGAUCCGGAUCGAGCCUGGUAAAUGGCACCAAGUCCUGGUGAAUCGCAACCGUCGCAAUGGCAUGCUGUCUGUGGACGGAGAGCCGCAUGUCAAUGGAGAGAGCCCGGCUGGAACGGACGGGCUGAACCUGGAUACAGACCUCUUCAUCGGGGGAGCCCCUGAGGACCAGAUGGCUGUUGUACAGGAGAGGACUUCAGCUGCUUCAGGCCUUGUGGGCUGCAUACGCAUGCUGGACGUCAAUAACCUGGUCUACAAGCUCCAGGAGAAAGAGGGGGAUGUGUUGUAUGGCACUGGGGUCGGAGAGUGUGGCAACAACCCUUGUCACCCCAACCCUUGUAAGAACGGAGCUCGCUGCCAGGUGAAGGAGGCAGAGAUGUUCCAUUGCCAGUGCAUCAACGGCUUCUCGGGCCCUACCUGUGCUGACGCGCAUAACCCAUGUGACCCCAACAAGUGCCAUUCUUCAGCCAAUUGUCUGGUGCUGCCUGAGGGCGGGUACAAGUGUGAGUGCCCAAUGGGACGAGAGGGAAAGCACUGUGAAAAAGAAAUGCAUGACCAGACCAAGGCUUUCAUCCCAGAGUUCAAAGGGGAUUCUUACAUGGAGCUGAAUGGACUGCAUACCUUUGGAAUUGAUCUGAUGCAAAAGCUGAGCAUCACUGUGGUGUUCCUGGCAAAGGAUCUCACAGGCCUGAUCUUCUACAACGGACAGAAGACAGACGGCAAAGGAGACUUCAUCUCGCUGGCACUGAACGACGGCACGCUGGAGUUCAGAUACGACUUGGGGAAAGGCCCUGCAGUGAUCAGGACUAAGAACAAGAUUCAGCUGGACAUCUGGAAUGUGGUAACUUUGGAACGAAACGGUCGUAAAGGUGUGAUAACUGUGAACAAUGGGGAAGCAGAGAGAGGAGAGUCGCCGAAAUCUCGCAAGGACCAGCAUACCGCUCUCAACCUGAAGCAAUCCCUGUUUGUGGGUGGAGCUCCUGAUUUCAGUACACUGGCCCGGGCUGCUUCUGUUAACAAUGGGUUCACUGGAGCCAUUCAAAAGAUUUCACUGAUGGGCAUUGCGGUUCUGAAGAAGGAUUAUGUCCUGAAAGCCGUGGAUGUCUCGGUGUACCGUGCUCACCCCUGCUCUAAGAGCCCCAGUGUGUGUCACAACGCAGGGAUCUGCCACCCCAAACUGGACUCCUAUGAGUGUGUGUGCCAGCAUGGCUUCUCCGGCACGCGCUGUGAAAACGCAAUCGUCGAGAAGUCAGCAGGAGAGACUGAAGCGAUCACAUUCGAUGGCCGGACAUUCAUGGAGUAUCACAACGCAGUGACAAAGAGCCAAGUGACCAAUGAGAUCCCAGAUCCUGAAUCUGUGGACGAUCCUUUGGACCAAAGUGAGAAGGCCCUUCAGGUGAACAGCUUUGAGCUCAGUAUCAAGACAGAGGCCACACAGGGUCUGAUUCUCUGGAGUGGCAAAGGAGUGGAAAGGUCCGACUACAUAGCCUUGGCCAUUGUGGACGGGCAUGUGCAGAUGGCCUAUGAUCUUGGGUCCAAGCCAGUGGUCCUCAGAUCAACCAUCCCGGUCAACACAAACAAAUGGAUCACAAUUAAAGCCAGCAGGGAACAGAGAGAUGGCACGCUACAGGUCGGCAAUGAAGCUCCUGUCACCGGAUCAUCUCCUCUGGCAGCAACGCAGCUUGAUACUGACGGAGCACUCUGGCUUGGUGGACUGGAAAGGCUGUCUGUGGCUCACAAGCUUCACAAAGCCUACAGCACAGGCUUCAUGGGAUGCAUGAAGGAGGUGAUCGUGGAUAGCCAGGAGCUGCAUCUUGUGGAGGACGCUCUAAACAACCCCAAAAUAUUACACUGUUCGUCCAAAUAAUGAACGCCGCCACCCACCUUGUCUAUUGCUGUAAUUAUUUUCUAUUUUUGUAUACUUUUAUUGCUUUUAUAUUGGAAAUGUUUUUUUUUUUUGGUUGCUUUUUUUUGUUUUUCUGCAGAAUGUCAAGCUCCUCGAUUCUACACAAUCCGACCAAACAAGUAUCGUAGGUUAUAUAAAAAUUACAUUGCACAUGGUUUUUAAAGAAACAAACAUUAAAACGUACUUGAACAUUCAUGACGACAUUGGUGCUUCUGUUGGCUUCUUGUGGCUCUGUGGUUCGGUAUCCUAGUUGUGUAUUAGCCUAUCUAAGUUACCCUGUUUAACUAUGACUGGAAGCAAGGUAGUAACAGAACAGAACUAACACCAAAACGCUAAGGGGCCUGAGGAUACAUGACCAUGCUAACAAGUCCGGGCUGUUUGUGUUACUGUGGCUUUUUUUUUAUUUUUAUUUUUUAAUAAUUUAUGUGUUAAACGUAUCUGUGACUUUUAGCUUACUGAUUUAUGUAAGAUAAAUAAACUAACUGAUGUCGGCUGUGGUAUUAUAAGAAUGCGUGUUUGAGAAUCAUUAAAUGUGCAUCCAUUUGUAACAUCUCACAUGGCAAUGGUAUAUUGGUGUAAAGUAAAAAUGAAUCCUUUGCAACUUAAAAAUGAAACUUAACCUAGGGGAUUUUAGCAAUAUACAGAACACAGGUCAUUGUCUGUCUGUCUUUUACAGGUCUUAAUGCAGUGUCCCUUUUUUGACAGAUUAUUCAAGUAUUAGCUCACAAAUGCAUUCUUUUAAAUCCUUGGUCGACAUAGGGAGUAUGUAGUAAUGUUGUAUUAAAAAAAGCAUUCCGGGCAGUUAAAACUUUCAACUAUAUCUAAAUAUAAAAUUCCAUUGGACUGUCAUGUGGAAGCCUGAAACUGUGUAUAUUUUAGUACAUGCAGGAAUAUGCCCCUAUGAUUUUUGCCAACUGUGUGCUGUUUUGUCUGCUGGGGAAUCUUAGCCCUGCAUGUUAAUUUGGGUUAAUGACAUAGCAAAACCUUUCUUUUUUUAAAAAACAAAAUUAAACAAAUGGCAUUAAAGUGUGUCUAAUUUAAGGACUAAAACUCAGAAUUGUGUAAUUGUGUAAAAGUCAAGCAUGCUACUGAGCCAAGCAACAAAAUUAAAACCGCCUCUUGUAUUGUAACUGAAAGCUACAUUGUUGUUUUUUGUUAUCUUUCUAAUGGUGUAGAAAACUUGCCUUUUAGAAUUGUGCUAACCGAAAGUCCAAUACUUCUAUGUUCCACCAGGUGGCGCUACAACACAAGCAGAACAGUCUUUACACAAACUGUAGGGUGACUAGAAUUUCCUCUAUUGAUAUUGGGGGACAAAUGCUGAAUGUUCCUGGUUCACAAAGGAAUGUACACAACCAACUCUACUAAAAUGGGCCCUGUGCUGUAUAUAUCAACAUUGAGGGAGCUGAGAUUUCUUUCAAAUACCCCUUUUCAGCACAAGCUAAAAUCUAUGAUUUGUUACACCUAAACUGCAUUUGGACCCUGCAUCUGUGAGCCAUGGGUCUACAAAAAAAGAAUGCAUGGGAUGCAUUUUGAAGAUGAAAUCUUGUAGCUUGUAUAAGGAAAGGUAUAUUUAUCAAUGGUACUGACUGCUGCACAGUCUUGGAAUUACUGUAAUAUGUUCAGAUUGCAUCUACAAAAAACUGCUUGUUCAGUACAGUAUGGCAUUGUCAUGGUUUUAUUUUGUGCCCCAUUAGACAUGAUACUUUUGCGCAGGCCUGUGAUCUGAUCUGUAAGUUAGCAAUGUUUUCUUGUUAGAUGCGUUAGUAUUAUACACUGGAACAAAGUAUAGCCUCUCAUUUAGAAUAUACAAAAACGUGCAGAACCUAAGUCACUAUUGAUGGGGAGGGAGGGUUUAAAAAAAAAAAAAAACAACAUUUAUGUAUCUAUAUAUUAAGCAUAAUUUUGAGAGUUUACCGUUUCCUUCUUGCAGUAUAUAGGGGCUUAUUGUAGCGCAGUAAUUGUAUAUAUAUAUAUAUAUGGGCUGUAAACAAAAUUUUAAAAAUACAUUUGGUCAGUUUUGCACAUAUGGUCUGUUUUUUUAAGCAUAAUUUAAGUUAACUUUAUUUUUAAAUGAGUGUUUAAGACUACUGUAGCUGUGCAUUAAAUUGAAUGGCGGUCGACCAUAAGCCCAAGGGAAUUCAGUAGCGUUCAGGAAAUAACGACAUGGCAAAAACAAAAGUCUAUAUCAGUCUUGUCCAGAUAAUGCCUUAAAACCUGAAAUCGCCAUGUUUUUGGUGAACACAUUUGUGUGCAUAUUGUUUGGUGCACUUAUCUUUUUGCCAGUAUAUUACAACAAGUGUUUCAUCCCUAUAAUGUAAAAAAAAAACGAAUAAGCCCAGAAUGUUUUUUAAAAGUAUUUUUCCAGUUUGUAUUCCUUAUUUAUGUGUCUUCACAUGGUUUUAAGUUUGGCCUUUGUAAACUGUAUGACAUAACUGAAGGACAAUGCACAGUGUAUAAGCAGCAUGAUGUAACCAUUACUAACUUUAUUACUUGUGUCUAAUGUCCGAUUACCAUCAAUUAAAGUGUAAAAACCUA